CUCUCUCCAUCGUUCUCUCGCUCUGUCUUUCCAUUCGGAGACUGCUCUAGCCUGCAUCGAAACUCAGCUACAGCGACUGGGAGCCUUUAUUCCUGAAACCUCACUCAGGGAACAAUGGCAGAUAUGAGAAAGGUGAUGUGGCUGUUUCUAGUCCCCUGUCACGUCUUCAGCCGUGGUGCCUCACCCUCUGGGAACUGUACAGGCCUCUCAGAGAUCACCUUCCAGGACAUCAAAGACAUCAUCGACAAAAUGAAUCAGAUCACCUUCCUGUUCAAUAAGAUUGCAGAUUUGGAAGAACAGGUGACUGCCUUGAAGAAAUACGUGCCGAAGGUCAUAUUCCAUGCCAAGGUGUCCGAUGGGAAGAACCCAGUGGCGCAGAAACGUGUAGUCUAUGACCUGGUGACCAUAAACAAGGGCUCAGCGUACAACCCCAUCACCGGUUUCUUCACUGCCCCGUUCUCCGGCAUUUACCAGUUCACCUACUCGCUGCUGGCCCAGAUGACGGCCGAGCGCACAGCGGUGUACCUGAUGAGGAACGAGGAGAACCAGAGCUACCUGCACAGCAUUCUGAAGAGUGGCCAGGCCCAGAGCACCAGCAUGAGUACCAUACUCUCCCUCUACAAGGAUGACCAAGUCUGGCUCAGGCUGGGAACAGGCUCGGCUUGGAGUGGCCUCGGAGCCUUGAACUUCCAGGGGGUCCUCCUGGAGGUGGAGGAGGACUGAGCGGGAGGUGCUGUCACUCGGAGGGGGAGGGUGCAGGUGGGUGACACUGCCCGCGAGGGAGGGGAGACGACUGCACCACCCCUGGGAAUCUCUGACCCUCUUCCAUUUACCCAGCCCCAAACAAUCUGGGGAAUGGAGGUGCCAUCGCUCCCCUGGACUUUCUGCCAAUGUUCCUGCUCUUCCGGAUCUGCGAAUGGUCGGGAGGGGUCUUCGCGAUCCCCAUAGCUCAACCCCAGACGCCAUCAAAAACCCUCUCUCACUCCCUACAAACUUUCAUAUCCCAUUCUGUGUUCCCUCACUCACUCCCCGCUCCCUUUAAUAUCCCACCCAGCCUAAUCCCUCUCUCCCCCUCACUCCCCGCUCCCUGUAAUAUCCCACCCAGUCU